AUGAAUUCAUCUUCUCAUGUCGCUAUAGUUGGGGUAGGAGAAGUGGGCGGAGUAGUCGCUUACAAUCUUAUUAUUUCAUCCGUCGUCAGAGAACUACUACUCGUCGACCUUGAUCUUGAACGAAGAAAUGCUCAAGUUGAGGAUCUUUCCGAUGCAGCCUACAGUACCAAGACGGGCACGCGGGUGCGACCCGGCACAUUCAAGCAAGCAUCCCAAUGUGAUGUUGUCGUCAUCACCUCGGCAGUCAAGCACACGAUAGGCCAGACUACUGUGGAUUAUACAUCCCGAAAUUGUUCAAUGCUACGGGGAGUUAUUGAUGCGAUGAAGCCUUUUGGACCCGAAACUAUCUUGCUCAUAGUCGCUGAUCCUGUCGAUCUCUUGACAUCCAUGGCAAAAGAGCUUUCGGGUCUACCAUCUUCACAAGUCAUGGGAACAGGAACCUUUUUGGACACUGAUAGGCUUUGCGGAAUGCUGGCCUCUCGAGCCCUUGUCAUGCCAAGCGAGGUGUGCGCAUAUGUGGUAGGCAUUCAUGGGGAACGUCAAAUUGUCGCAUGGUCAUCAGCAACCAUUGGAGGCGUUUGUAUUUCAGAUUCGCCGCACAGUCAAGGUAUCGAUCGUGAAAGGAUUGAGACCACCUGCAAGCAUCGAUCCCAGGAGCUGAUACGUGCCAAAGGCUCCGCCGGCUUUGGGAUUGGUACCGUCGUGGCCAACAUCUGCUCUUCAAUUCUUUCCGAUAAACGUAUCUGGGGGCCAGUCAGCUUCUUUCAGCCACAAUUCGGUUGCUGUUUUAGCAUGCCUGCCGUUAUUGGAAAAGAAGGAAUCGUCAGUCAAGUUGAAAUGGUGCUGGAUGGAGAGGAAGAGAGUAUGCUAUCGGUUUCUGCUGUGGAGCUGAAACGAAAGGUUGAGUUGGUGAGUAGUGAUGGAUGGUGA